CUGUGACUCCUAUCACUGUUCAGGGUGAGAAAACUGCACCAGCAAAUCUUGUGCAGAGCAGCUGCAUCUCCACAACACUAGAUGUGCCAAACUCGUCAGACCUCGAUGCCUGUGUGCCCACUCAUGACGAAAAAGGCCACUUGAUUCCUGAGUGGAAGCGGCAAGUGAUGGUGAGGAAGCUGCAGGCUCGACUGGAAGGAGAAGAAAGCAUGGGUAGGAAGGGCAGUGGAGGCAGUUCAGUGGAGGUGGGGGACUGGAGGUACUCCCAGACCCACAAUGGCAUCCUGGGCCCCUUCGGGGAGCUGCUGGCUGAGGAUGACAUACUUUACUUGGAGAAGCAGAUUGAGAAUCUACAACUGAGAAAAAGGUGUCAGGAGUGCGAGAGCGAGCUGGGGCGUCUGGCGGAGGAGCUGCAGACUGUCCUUCCUGCCCCCAUUGUCAACAUCACCAUCAACAGCCAGUUCCUGCACCAGGAUGGCGAGGCGCUCCCAGACUGGUGCAGCCGCAUCUCUGGAGUGGUGAAAAGCAUGUCUGUACUGCUCUCUAAUGCAAACAGCCUGAGAAAGGAGGAGAUGCCAAGCCCUCAAGUACCAUCAGAGCCUGCUGAGGGGAAGCACCCUGCCAGUGGCAGCGCAGAGAGGGAGAUCCUGGAGUGUGGCGUCUCUGUCAGGAAGCUGAGGGGUAACUUUGAGAAACAAGUUCUCCCAGGCCGAAGAAUGGCCUCAGAGCUCCGAGGGGCAGAGGCCAUGCCUUGGGAACACUCAGGAGCCUGCUGGCCAGGUGAGGAUGUCAGUCCUCAGACACAGUGGAGCACCAGUGAGAACCAGAGAAAACCACUCUGUGAAGAUUAUGCGUUUCAAGAUGCGGAGAAUGCCAGUGACUCUGGGGUCUCCUGCAAAGAGGCUUUUUCUGACACGAGCAGGUUUCUUGUCCCAGUGGCAGAGUCCAUUAGCCUCAGGAAAGAACGAAUAGUGAUGCUAUUUCUGAACCACUGGAAGAAAUCUGCUUAUACACCUUCCUUAAAAACCAUGGCCAGGAAAACACUGGAGUCCCAAAGGGACAGGAAAAUGGGAGAGGUGGAAGGCGCUGCAGUGGUCAGAAAGGAACGGAUUCCUAAAGAGAAGCUGGUGGAGGAAUUGGGCAAACUGGGCUGUUUAAUUCAGCAAAGGAACACCAUCAAGAAUCUGAUAAGCAACUGGAAAGACAUCAUCUCUCAGGUGCCCUCCCCGCAGAUCCGGCCCCUCAACCGCCACCAGGCUGUCUAUUCCCCAGAGCAGUUCCUUCCCUGCAUCAGAGGGGUGGCCACUGAUUACAACAGCCUAACCCUUGACCUCUUUAUGCUCGGCUACUUCCACAUCCUGGAGCUGGACCUUCCUCAGGAGGAACGCAAGAUGAGGCACCUGCUGUGCUUUGAGGUGUUUGACCACUUGGGUCGACAUCGCUGGGAGACUGUGCGAGCCUUCCACAAGGCCGUGACUGAUGAAAUCAGUGCUGGCAAGCGAGGCUGGAAAGACAGCUUUGAGGACAUUAAGAUCAGGUUUUUUGGUAAUGCCAAGGACCCUGCCAGGGAGCUCAAACCAAGAAGAGAGUCAGCGGAAUGCGCUCUAAAGCCAGUGUCCAGAGUUGGGCUCCAGAGCACUUCUCUCAAGCAGCGAGGACAUGAUCCAGGAAACUCUUCUGAGCUUGGCAGCUUCAGCAGCAAUGAGAUCUGCAGGUACAUUGACCGCAGUUUUGCCUUCUGGAAGGAGAAAGAAGCCGAGAUCUUUGACUUUGAGGAAUUGCACACGUUAGAACUGCCUUCCCAGGCUUUGAGUGAAUGAGAGCUUGUGGGGCUGGAUUGCUCCCAGAACAUCUAGCUUCUCCUCCUCCCCAUCUCUCAAACACUGCAAUGAAUAAGCUUUGAGGGGCUCAGAAACUCCACAUGCAGCAGACUGCCUGGGCUGAGGGAGAGAUUUCAAAACUAGCAGGAUGAUUUUCAAAAGCACAGAUAUUAAUUAGGUACCCAGCUCCUAUUGUACUUCUGACAAUCUCCUCCAAGGCUCUUGGCCUAUUCAGGUAUUAAGGUGGAAUGCCUCUUCUUUUCCAAUCAGCUGCCAUCUCUUAAAUAAGACAGUUCUCCACCUAUCCCCUACACCCCAGGCCACCCUCCUCUGCUGUGUGAGCAGGCCAGGAUUAGCUGUUACAUCUCUCGCUGGAGACUCUCCCACGAUUGUUCAUCUGCACAGUAUGACCUUAAACCUUGUGGAAGCAGAACCUGCCAAAGGGCUGCCCUCUGCACAAACACUCACAGACUCUGGUACUGUGGGAUACCUUGACAAGUACAGGGAGCAUCAAAGGACAAAGUCAAGGGCAAUUAGCAAUGCCAGCCAAGGAAAUGAUUGGCAGCAGGACAGACUGCACUGCCAUAGGAAGGCCAGCAGAGAUUGAUGGCUCUGCAUACGUCUUCCUUGCUGUCUCCGGGUCUGCGCAGAGACUGACAUGGCCUGCACAGGCAGGCACAUGUGGAGCACCUGGGGCAAUGGAAAGUGCUGUGAUGAGCUCAGGAGAGGAGCUGUGGGUCAUUAAAGCCGAGCAAUGCUCUGGCCUGGGGAGGAUCUGUAAUAGGCAGCAGGCAGGAGCGGGGAGUUCCAGGGAAGCAGGGGAGGGAGCGGCUCAGGUAAUCUCUAGCUUGUGCUUCAAGCAUCAUUCUUGACUCAAGCAGGAGGUGCCCCUCUUUUUUGUGAGUGGGGGGUGCAUCAUCUCACCAAGGGCCUCAAAGGGAGGACAUAAAUGGCAGGUGAGCCACAAGUCAGGCACCAGAAAUGGGCAAAGUUUACAACUAAGGGACUGUGGAUGCUUGUGAACCAGUGCUGGGACUGGGUCCAGUUGUCUUCUCAUUUACACAUGUAAGCAGGGUCCGAAUGCUCUCCCGUGGCAGCUCUCCUGUGGCAAGGGAGAGACUUCAGGAGCAAACCUUCAUGACCACACCUAGCGAUCCAACAGACAGAGCUGUGUGGCUCAAAGUGAUCAACUCUGGCUGGUGUUGGGUUACAGAUCGCGUAAUAUUGACUACAGGGCAGUGAAAUGCUGUUAUCAGUGUU